AUGGCUUCUAGAAAGCUCUCCUCUCUCCUCUCCCUUUCUUCCUGUUUUUCUUCUUCUUCUUUUGGUAACCCUUCAUCCUCCUCUCAUGUCUCCGUGUGCAUCAGUAGGUUUACUACAUUUGCUUCAAUUGAGAAACCCAUCAAUCCUUCUGUUAAGAUAGAACACAAUCAACUUCUAAUCGAUGGAAAAUUCGUUGAUGCAGCAUCAGGAAAAACAUUCCCAACAUUGGAUCCUAGGACAGGAAAUGUAAUAGCCCAGGUUGCUGAAGGUGAUGCUGAAGAUAUAAACCGAGCAGUCUCAGCUGCUCGCAAAGCAUUUGAUGAAGGACCAUGGCCAAGAAUGACCCCUUAUGAACGAUCAUGCAUCCUGUUGCGAUUUGCUGAUUUGGUUGAAAAGAACAUGGACAAAGUUUCAGCACUUGAAACUUGGGAUAGUGGAAAGCCUUAUGACCAGGUUGCAAAUGUUGAAGUACCAAUGUUGGUACGUCUCAUCCGAUAUUAUGCUGGUUGGGCUGACAAGAUUCACGGUCUCACACUUCCAGCUGAUGGAUCGUACCAUGUGCAAACAUUGCACGAACCUGUUGGUGUUGCAGGACAGAUCAUUCCGUGGAAUUUUCCUCUUGUAAUGUAUGGUUGGAAGAUUGGCCCUGCAUUAGCGUGCGCUAAUACAGUUGUUCUGAAGACAGCAGAGCAAACGCCAUUGUCUGCUCUUUAUGUGACAAGCCUGUUGUAUGAGGCUGGGCUUCCUCCAGGUGUUCUAAAUGUGGUCUCUGGCUUUGGUGCUUCUGCUGGUGCACCUCUCUGUAGUCAUAUGGAUGUUGACAAGAUUGCAUUCACAGGAUCAACUGAGACCGGUCAGAGAAUACUUGAAAUGGCUGCAAAGAGUAAUCUCAAGUCAGUGACUUUAGAGCUUGGAGGAAAAUCUCCUUUUAUCGUGUGCGAGGAUGCUGACAUUGAUCAAGCUGCAGAGCUUGCACAUUUUGCUUUGUUCUUUAACCAGGGUCAGUGUUGUUGUGCUGGGUCUCGGACAUUGGUACAUGAACGCGUGUAUGAUGAAUUUGUAGAGAAAGCAAAGGCUUGUGCUUCAAAACGUGUAGUUGGAGAUCCAUUUCAGAAGGGGGUUCAACAAGGUCCUCAGAUUGAUGAGAAACAAUUUCAGAAGAUCCUUAAGUACAUAAGGUCUGGUGUUGAAAGUGGUGCUACACUUGAAAUUGGAGGUGAUAGAUGUGGCUCUAAGGGCUAUUAUAUUCAGCCAACUAUUUUUUCAAACGUUAAGGAUAACAUGUUGAUAGCACAGGAUGAGAUCUUUGGCCCAGUACAGACCAUCUUAAAAUACAAGGAUCUUGACGAAGUCGUUAGAAGGGCAAAUGCUACUCAAUAUGGAUUGGCAGCUGGAGUUUUCACUCAGAACUUAGCCACUGCCAACUUCUUAAGUCGUGCAUUACGAGUUGGAUCAGUAUGGAUUAACUGCUAUGAUGUUUUUGAUGCUGCAAUUCCUUUUGGUGGAUAUAAGAUGAGUGGCCAGGGCAGAGAAAAGGGUAUUUACAGCCUUAGCAACUACUUGCAGAUUAAGGCUGUUGUCACUCCUUUGAAAAACCCAGCAUGGCUGUAAUCUCUUCCUACUUCUAGCUUUCCAUUUUGACAAUUGUCAAAGAUGAACAUCCAUUUGAUAAAGCUUAACAUUUUAGUUAAUAAAAGCAACCUAGUAUUGUGAAUAUCUAUGCUUGAAAAAACAAAAUAUCUUGUCUUCAGCUUAAGUGUUCUAUGGAAG